AUGGAUAAAGUGUCAGUUUUUUGUAUCUGUCUCAUGCUUCUAAGUAUGUACCAAGUCGAAGUAAAAGGUGAGAUUAAUUUUAACAGCUUACGUUCGGUGAAACUACAUUUUUUGCUUACUUAAUUAUCGAUGCAGCCGAGCGAUUUUACACAUGAACAGACAGUAGUAUUUUAUCCUUUUAACAAACGUCAGUGGAACAAUGACUUUGACUAGGUUGACUAUCUGUGUUCAGGAGAUUGUGAUUCCGGGGUUUCGAAUCUUCUCUAUAGAAUUAAUAUAAUGCUUAGUCAGGAAUUUGCUCCUUUCGGUACACAAUAUGAAAACAACACAGAAUAAUCGAGGGUAGUCAAAACAGAUAGAACACUUAAAGCAUAGUAAACCACUUCACCACUUCCGGUACUCACGAGCUAGUAAAAUGUUUGCAUUUCUGUUAAUCUGCAUUUCUCAGAGGAUAAGAUCAGUGGCUUUCUCAGUCAAAACUAUCGGAUGUAAGAAGUAAGGUAACAUCAUGCAUUCUCCAGUGCUGUAUUUGUUUUGUCCCUAAAGAUUAAUCACUCGUUUCUCAGAAAAGAAUCUCGAAUUCUCGGAAAAGAGAGCCCUGAGAGAUGACAAAAACGCAAAAAAAUCAUCUUUUGGCGUUUCUCUUUGUCUAGUUGAUGCCACCUAUGCAAUUUUAUAUUCUUUUUAAAGCUAAGCGGAAAGGAAUUUUUACCUCCUAUCUUUGCUUAAUUUUUCAUCAAUUAAUUUUGACAAGAGCCAAAUUAUUCUCAAAUGAAUUUUGUUGACUUCAAUGGUAGCUGAGUUUUUCUUUAUCUUUUCAUUUUUUUGAUGAUCUUACGUCCACGUACUACCGAAAACGGUCAUAGCAACGGAGUUUGACUUUGCUCUAUGCGGGCUCCUUGGUCGUCGUGAUUGUCCUUGUCAAGGGCUGAAGCAAGCAUGCGCAAAUUGUUUGUGUACCCAAUUUUUUUGGAGAGGGGGGAGGGGGGGGGGGGGGGAGGGGAAGGAUGGAGUGCAUUAUUUUCGUUCCCCUGUUUUUGAUGUGUUUUUCACAUUCGGAUUUCAACCUUGAUAACUUGUUUUUUUUUUUUUUUUUUUUUUUUUUUUUUUUUAUUUUCAUUCGCAGUACGUCCGGGCGUGUAUCGUUGUCUGGGGUGUGUUUUGUUUGUUUGUGGGUGGUUUUUGGGUUGGUGUUUGUUUUUGUUGGGGGGGAUGAAAGGAGGGGGUUGUGUUUUGUUUUUGGUGGUUGUUUGGGGGGGGGGGGGGGGGGGGGGGGGGGGGGUGAGGGGAGUAUGGAGAGCUUUAUUUCUCUUUCGUUGAUACUGAAGUUGUUUUUACAUACGGAUUUUCACGCUAAGAACGAGACCGGUAAAUUCAUAUCCAUCAUCUGUAUGGUUCGAGUCACUCGACCCCUAAUUUGUCACACAUUCAAAUUAAACCCUUCGCUGUCCGAGUUUACCCCACCUUGUCAAUUGCUUUUUAGCUGUGUUUUCAUUGUCAUUAAGACCAAGACUAAAACAACGAACAACUUUUCUUCAAGGUUGUGUAAGAGCUGCAUUUUAAAGUGACUGGAUAACUGCGUAUUUUACCUGCGCUCAACAAACUUACGGUUUCACAAAAACGUAUUAGAAGACAAGGGGUUUUUCGAGAUGUUUGAUAUUUUUAAUGUUCUUGUUCAUUUCUGAAGAAAUUAAAGUAGAGGGUAGAAACCUAAAGACAACAUCAACAACUCGUGUUAAGACUACAAAUGGACUACUGCCUGGCUUGAGACCAAAAUAAUCCUCUUGCUCAUGCAGGCUAUAAAAAAGUGACAACAAAAAAUAUGUAAUACUGAAAAUGACAAUAAUAAUAAUAAAAACAAAAUAACAGGACUAUUCAUGAAAACUCGCAUACUGUAUAUUUAGAUUUUUUCCCUUGGCGAGAAUUUUAUUUAUCACUCGAUGCAAUACAAAUAACUGCCCACAAAUAAUGGUCCGCUCAUGCACAAUGGCGUCCAACUGUGUUAAGCUGCAAAUAAUAUUCUGCUCGUGCGUAAAUGAAACCUCGCUUUUCUUCUUCUUGCGAUCGCUUAGCGUAAAAAUGCACUUACCGCACUUCCCGAAGAUGUUCAUUGAAAAACAAACUCCGUGACAGAAUGAUAAAACAAUUUUCAACUGGAUUAUCACAAAAUAUCGUGAUUUGUCUAGCCUGCGUUGCUGGCGGUAUUGUGUGGGCGCGAGAUUUAAGUUUUGGCGGCGGAGCCGUGUUCCAAGAAAAAGGAAGUAGGAACGAAGCGGUUGAAAACUCACAAGGUCACGUUUUACAUUAUCACGAGCUUAGGAGUCGUAUCUCUUAUUUCUAAACUGUCUCGCACGAAAAUAAUCGGAAGUUUCAAAUUGCAGGUUUCUCUUUGAUUGGCUGAUUCAAUUGGGAUCAGCUAAGGUGACACAAGUGGGCGGCAUUCGAAAAAUCAUGGUUCUCUGGCAGACGGUAUUUCUCGCGGCUUCGCCGCUCGUCACGGCUCCGCCGUCAAAUCUCACUCGACUAUAUUACAACGGCUCCGCCGCCAAAUCUCACUCGACUACUACACAAUACCGCCAGCUACGCAGGCUAUGAUUUGUCCGAAGGCUGUGGGAAAUAAUUGAUCUACUAGCCACUGACAAAUCACAAUAUUUUGAUAACCUCGCCCAAUAAUGAUUAAUUAUGUACUAAUUUUUAUUCAAUCUUUUUUAAUUCACUACGGCUCAUUUUGAAACCUCCGUUUCCUGCGAUACAUAUCAGGAGAAGACAGUGACAGCGAUGGAAAAGGUUGGUGCUUCUUUGAGUACGUCAUUGGUGCAGUGGUGUUCGUUUUAGUUGUUGUUGCAGUUCCUUAUGUCAUUGGCGCCGUUGGGUUCACACCUGCCGGAGUAGCAGCGUUGUCGAUUGCUGCAUAUGUGCAGUCCGUCUUCUAUGGAGCAGUAGUUGGACCAGGUUCUCUCUUUGCGUUUCUCCAGAGUGCUGGAGUCGUCGGACUUGGCUGGCUGUCAAAACUGUUUUUAGGUUCCACUUUUGGGUGGCUGGCAACAUAUUUGCCAAACAUGGUCUAUCGUCUGCUUUAUGGGGAACAGGAAUGA